GGUGACGUCAAGGGGCGCGCGGUGGCAGCACCUCCCCGCGCGCUAGUUAAAAAGAAGAAGAAAAGAGGGAGCGAAACAUGAGAGGCUGUGUGAGAAGCUGCAGCCGCCGGCAGAGGAGACCUCAGCAUCAUCUAGAGCCCAGCGCUGGCCCUGCCUGCGCCUGCCCCGCCGCCGCCGCCGCCGCCGUUUCUGUUCCUGCUACUGUCUCACCUAAACAACUCCCGUUACACGGACAAGUGAACCUCUGUGGCCGUCUUCUCCUCCUCUUCUUCCUCCUCCUUUUCCAACUCCUUCUCCUCCUCCCACUUCCCAGCCGCAGCAGGAAGCCCCUAACCCAACUGACACUGGCACAACUGCAAACGGUGUCAUCCGCACAACUUUAUCUUGCUCCUCGGACUCCCCUAAGGCAUUGGACCCAUCGCCUUGUCUUUUAUUUUUUGCAAAGUUGCAUCGCUCUACAUAGUUUCGCCCCCGCCACCACUCUCUGCCUCUCGAGUGUCCCCCGCAGCCUCCUCCUGGAGCUGCGCCCUAGUGCCCCUGCUGGGCAGUGGCGUUCCCCCCCAUCCUCCCGCGCCGAGCCCCUGCCGCUCGGGGCAGACGAUGCUGAAGAUGCUCUCCUUUAAGCUGCUGCUGCUGGCCGUGGCUCUGGGCUUCUUUGAAGGAGAUGCUAAGUUUGGGGAAAGAAGCGAAGGGAGCGGAGCGAGGAGGAGAAGGUGCCUAAAUGGGAACCCCCCGAAGCGCCUGAAAAGGAGAGAUAGGCGGAUGAUGUCCCAGCUGGAGCUGCUGAGUGGGGGAGAGAUGCUGUGCGGUGGCUUCUACCCUCGGCUGUCCUGCUGCCUGCGGAGUGACAGCCCAGGGUUGGGGCGCCUGGAAAACAAGAUAUUUUCUGUUACCAACAACACAGAAUGUGGGAAGUUACUGGAGGAAAUCAAAUGUGCGCUAUGCUCUCCACAUUCCCAGAGCCUGUUCCACUCACCUGAAAGAGAAGCCUUGGAAAGAGACCUUGUACUUCCCCUGCUCUGCAAAGACUAUUGCAAAGAAUUCUUUUAUACUUGCCGAGGCCAUAUUCCAGGUUUCCUUCAAACUACUGCUGAAGAGUUUUGUUUUUACUAUGCAAGAAAAGAUGGUGGGUUGUGCUUUCCAGAUUUUCCAAGAAAACAAAUCAGAGGACCAGCAUCUAACUACUUGGACCAGAUGGAAGAAUAUGACAAAGUGGAAGAGAUCAGCAGAAAGCACAAACACAACUGCUUCUGUAUUCAGGAGGUUGUGAGUGGGCUGCGCCAGCCUGUCGGCGCCCUGCAUAGUGGGGAUGGCUCGCACCGUCUCUUCAUUCUGGAAAAAGAAGGUUACGUGAAGAUACUUACCCCUGAAGGAGAAAUUUUCAAGGAGCCUUAUUUGGACAUUCACAAACUUGUUCAAAGUGGAAUAAAGGGAGGAGAUGAAAGAGGUCUGCUAAGCCUUGCAUUCCAUCCCAAUUACAAGAAAAAUGGAAAGCUCUAUGUGUCUUAUACCACCAACCAAGAACGGUGGGCUAUCGGGCCUCAUGACCACAUUCUUCGAGUUGUGGAAUACACAGUAUCCAGAAAAAAUCCCCAUCAAGUUGAUUUGAGAACAGCCAGAGUAUUUCUUGAAGUCGCAGAACUCCACCGAAAGCAUCUAGGAGGGCAACUACUCUUUGGUCCCGAGGGCUUUUUAUACGUCAUUCUUGGUGACGGGAUGAUCACACUGGAUGAUAUGGAAGAAAUGGAUGGUUUAAGUGAUUUCACAGGUUCGGUGCUCCGGCUGGAUGUGGACACGGAUAUGUGCAACGUGCCUUAUUCCAUACCACGGAGCAACCCGCACUUCAACAGCACCAACCAGCCCCCGGAAGUGUUUGCACACGGCCUGCAUGAUCCAGGCAGAUGUGCUGUGGACCGACAUCCCACCGAUAUAAACAUCAAUUUAACAAUACUUUGUUCGGACUCCAAUGGAAAGAACAGAUCAUCAGCCAGAAUCCUACAGAUAAUAAAGGGGAAAGAUUAUGAAAGUGAGCCAUCACUUUUAGAAUUCAAGCCAUUCAGUAAUGGUCCUUUGGUUGGUGGAUUUGUUUACCGAGGCUGCCAGUCUGAAAGACUGUAUGGAAGCUAUGUGUUUGGAGACCGCAAUGGGAAUUUCUUAACCCUCCAGCAAAGUCCUGUGAGCAAGCAAUGGCAAGAAAAACCACUCUGUCUCGGCAACAGUGGUUCCUGUAGAGGUUACUUUUCAGGUCACAUACUGGGAUUUGGAGAAGAUGAAUUAGGUGAAGUUUAUAUUCUGUCGAGUAGUAAAAGUAUGACCCAGACUCACAAUGGAAAACUCUACAAAAUUGUAGAUCCCAAAAGACCUCUAAUGCCUGAGGAAUGCAGAGCCACGGUACAACCUGCUCAGACGUUGACUUCGGAGUGUUCCCGGCUCUGUCGGAACGGCUACUGUACCCCCACGGGCAAGUGCUGCUGCACCCCGGGAUGGGAAGGGGACUUCUGCAGAAUUGCAAAAUGUGAGCCGGCAUGUCGUCAUGGAGGUGUCUGUGUUAGACCGAACAAGUGCCUCUGUAAAAAAGGAUAUCUCGGUCCUCAGUGUGAACAAGUGGACAGAAACAUCCGCCGAGUGACCAGGGCAGGUAUUCUUGAUCAGAUCAUUGACAUGACAUCUUAUUUGCUGGAUCUAACAAGUUACAUUGUAUAGUUUCUGGGACUGUUUGAAUAUUCCUUUCCAAUGGGCAUUUAUUUUUUAUCCUGUCAUUAAAAAGAAAGACUGUUAUCCUA